AUGCCUGAGACGACGACGACGACGCAGCAGCAGCAGCCCGCUAAGGCUACCAAGCCCGCCGCAGCGGCCCCCAGGAAAGUUAGAUUCAACGUUGGAUCUCAAUAUCAAGUACUGGAUGUCGUCGGAGAAGGCGCGUACGGCAUCGUCUGCUCAGCAUUGCACAAGCCCAGCGGGCGCAAAGUUGCGAUCAAAAAGAUUGCACCGUUCGACCACUCGAUGUUCUGCCUGCGGACGCUGCGCGAGCUGAAGUUGCUUAAGUUUCUCAGUGAAGCCGGGGUCAGCGAGAAUAUCAUCUCCAUUCUUGAUCUCGUUAAACCGCCAUCGUUAGAGGCUUUCAAAGAAGUCUAUUUGAUCCAAGAACUCAUGGAGACGGACAUGCACCGCGUUAUCCGAACACAGGACCUUUCUGAUGAUCACGCACAAUAUUUUAUCUAUCAAACACUGCGUGCACUGAAGGCUCUCCACUCUGCCGACGUUAUUCACAGAGAUUUGAAGCCCUCAAAUCUCCUCUUGAACGCCAACUGUGACCUCAAAGUAUGUGACUUCGGAUUGGCCCGAUCGGUGAAGACAGCGGAACCAUCUGGCACGGAAACCGGCUUCAUGACGGAAUACGUAGCAACACGGUGGUACCGGGCCCCAGAAAUUAUGCUAACAUUCAAGCAAUACACGAAGGUGGGCAUUCCUCACCUUGCUAUCGAUGUUUGGUCAGUGGGAUGUAUUUUGGCGGAGAUGCUCUCCGGGAAACCCCUCUUCCCCGGUCGUGACUAUCACCAUCAACUCAGCCUAAUUCUCGAUGUCUUGGGAACGCCCACACUGGACGAAUUUUACGCCAUCACUACACGGCGAUCCCGGGACUAUAUUCGCGCGCUUCCUUUCCGCAAGCGCAAACCCUUCGCUACCCUCUUCCCCAACGCGAACCCCUUGGCCAUAGAUUUCCUAACCAAGACUCUGACAUUCGAUCCGAAAAAACGAAUCACUGUGGAGGAGGCAUUGGCUCACCCUUACCUGGAAGCAUACCACGACCCCGAUGACGAACCCGUGGCACCUCCACUUGACCCCGAGUUCUUUGAGUUCGAUUUGCACAAGGACGAUAUCAGCCGAGAACAAUUGAAGGAGCUUUUGUACGAAGAGAUUAUGAGCUUCCGCCCGGCCCCCAUCACGUAG